AUGGAUCCAUGGCUCUUGUUCAUCACCAUUCUCUGCAUUUCUGCUUCUCUUUUCUCUCUCUUCUUCCAUACUAAAAAUCUCCCACCAGGACCUCCUACCAUACCAAUCAUAGGCACCUUCUCUUGGCUUCUCAAAUCCUCCAAAGACUUCUCCUCCAUCGAACCUCUUCUUCGUCAACUUCGUCCCAAAUAUGGCCCUAUUCUCACCCUUCACAUUGGUUACAGACCUGCCAUUUUCAUAACCACCCAUGAAGCUGCUCAUCGAGCCCUUGUACAAAGUGGUUCACUCUUUGCUAGCCGCCCUCCAGCACUUGAGACCACUCGGAUCUUCUUUAGCAACCAACAUACUCUCAGUACUGCACCAUAUGGUUCCUUGUGGCGAUUACUUCGUAGAAAUUUCAUGUCUGUAACUCACCCUUCUCGCUUACGUUUAUACUCUCAUGGACGUAAAUGGGCAUUUGAGAUUUUAAAGAAGAAGCUCGUUGAAGAAGCUGAGUCAUCGGACGUUAAAGCUUUUCCUGUGGUUGAUCACUUUCAACGUGCCAUGUUUUGUUUACUGGCUUAUCUGUGUUUUGGAGAGAAUUUUGAAGAGAAAGUCAUUAGAGAGAUUGAGACAGUGCAGAGAGCUUCGUUAACAAAUUUUAUUAGGUUCAACUUGUUGAAUUUCAUGCCAAAACUGGGGAAGAUUGUGUUCAGAAGGAUGUGGAAAGAGCUUUUACAGAUUCGUAGAGAUCAAGAAAGCGUCCUUCUCCCUCUGAUUAAAGCUAGACAAGCAAAAAACAGAAAUAUUAUGAACAAAGAAGAACCCAUAUUCUCAUAUGUUGAUUCUCUGCUAGAUCUUCGACUUCCAGGUGGUGAAAGAGAGAUUUCAGAUGGAGAACUGGUGAGUUUAUGUUCAGAGUUCAUCAAUGGCGGAACAGACACUUCAACCACUACAUUGCAAUGGGCGAUGGCUAAUAUAAUAAAGCAAGAAAACAUACAAAACAAGUUGCUGAAAGAAAUCAACGCAGUAACAGAAGAAGGAAGUGAAAUCCAAGAAAAAGAUCUAAAAAGAAUGCCUUAUCUGAAGGCAGUAGUCCUGGAAACCCUCAGGCGACAUCCUCCGGGACACUUCAUAUUGCCACGAGCAGUGACAGAGGACGUGAAAUUUGAUGGGUACGAUAUACCCAAAAAUGCAAUGGUGAAUUUUACAGUAGCAGACAUGGCAUGGGAUCCCAAGGUUUGGGAAGAUCCAAUGGAGUUUAAACCAGAAAGGUUUAUGAGAAAUGUAGAAGAAGAAGUGUUUGAUAUAAGAGGAGUAAGAGAGAUCAAGAUGAUGCCUUUUGGUGCAGGAAGAAGAAUUUGCCCAGCUAUUUCAAUGGCACUGCUUCAUCUUGAAUAUUUUGUGGCCAAUUUGGUUAGAGAAUUUGAAUGGAGUGGUGAAGUUGAUUUGUCAGAGAAUCAAGAGUUUACUACAGUCAUGAAGAAUCCGCUUCGUGUUCGUAUCACCCCAAGGAAGCUGUUAAGUUAA